AUGUUUCAGAACAAAAACUAUUCCCUUUGCACAGGCUUAUAUUUCACAUCAUUCAUAUCAAAUAUUAUUGUAGAUCAAGAUGCUUCCAGCAAUAGUGACAAUGUUCAUACAACCGGUCAUCAAUACCUUCCUCUCGACAACAAUUCCAAUCCUAACAGUAACCCUAAGACUCCAGGUCCGCGAAACGCCAUCUCAACUAUUCCAGAUGCAUCGACACCUGGUGAUAGCGCUCCAAAAUCUGCUAAAUUCCAAGUCAACGCGGACGUCGACUUCACUACGCAAUCGAACAUUAAAACACAACCAACCAUUGCUAACUCGAUUGGUAACUAUUCCCUCGGUGGCGAAGGCCUUAUUCAUGCCACCUUGUACGCUUGCAACAGUAACCCUAAGAAUCGGGUACCGGAUUUCUGCGUGUUGACCAUUCCAGACGCUUUGCGCCAAUGCAAUAGCGAUCCCAACUGCGGUGGAUACGAUGUAACGACCAAUAUCAACUGGCAUAACACAUAUGAUGUGAAUGGUCAGACAGUCGUGCAACUAUUUGCAGCAGGUGCUGCUACAAGCACAAAUACUGAAUGGAGCUUCUACGAUAAACCUCGUUCAACCAGUAACAAUUUGAUUGGCAAUUACUCGUUUUGUGGUAAAGGAAUUAUUCAUGUCGCCUCGUACAAUUGCAACAGUAAUCCUAAGAAUGUAGUGUCCGGUUACUGCGUUUUGACCAUUCCAGAUGCAUUGACCCAAUGCAACAGCGAUCCGAAUUGUGGGGGCAUAGAAGUAACGACUAAUGUGGGUUGGCAUAACGCAUACGAUGUAAAUGGUCAAACAGUUGUGCAACUGUUUGCAGUAGGCUCUGCUACAAAUCCAAAUGCUGAAUGGACCUGCUUUAAUAAACCUGAACCGACCGUACCUAAUUCGAUUGGAAAUUAUGCAAUAGGUGGCCAAGGAUAUAACCGUGUCUCCGUGUACGAUUGCAACAGUAACCCUAACAAUCGAGUUUCGGGCUUCUGCAUUUUGACCAUUCCAGAUGCAUUGACCCAAUGCAAUAGCGACCCGCAUUGUGGGGGAAUACAAGUAACGACCAAUAUCAACUGGCAUAACGCCUAUGAUGUCAAUGGCCAAACAGUGGUGCAACUGUUUGCAUUAGGCACUGCUACAAAACCCAAUGCUGAAUGGAGCUUCUAUGAUAAACCCCAACCAACCGUUGUUAACUCGAGUAGCAAUUAUUCGUUUGGCAGCGGAGGAGUUAUUCAUGUCGCCUUGUACAAUUGCAACAGUAACCCUAAGAAUCGAGCCCCGGGUUUCUGCGUGUUGACCAUUCCAGACGCUUUGACCCAAUGCAAUGCCGAUCCAAAUUGCGGUGGGUACGAUGUAACGACUGAUGUCGGCUGGCAUCUCCUGUUUGAUGUCAAUGGUCAAGCAGUUGUGCAACUGUUUGCAUUGGGCGCUGCUACACUUCCACAUGCUGCAUGGAGCUUCUACAAGAAACCCCAACCACCCGCCGUUAACUCGAGUAGCAAUUAUUCGUUUGGCAGCGGAGGAGUUAUUCAUGUCGCCUUGUACAAUUGCAACAGUAACCCUAAGAAUCGAGCCCCGGGCUUCUGCGUGUUGACCAUUCCAGACGCUUUGACCCAAUGCAAUGCCGAUCCAAAUUGCGGUGGGUACGAUGUAACGACUGAUGUCGGCUGGCAUCUCCUGUUCGAUGUCAAUGGUCAAAGAGUUGUGCAACUGUUUGCAGUAGGCGCUGCUACUCUUCCAAAUGCUGCAUGGAGCUUCUACAAGAAACCCGCAACGAAGGGUUUGUAA